CACUGUGAUGCCAUGCCAGGCGUCGCCGAUGUUGAUUGACGUGCUGGAACCAGGAAGGUUUAGUUUAGAUCAACAACUGCCACAUCUUUUGUAACGUUUUUUCGCAUCAAGUAAUAAAUGGUAUCGUUCGACUCGUUUGAAGUUUCUGUUAGUUUUAAUUCGAUAGCCCCAGCUUGCACUUUGGCUUUCCACCGCCGAAGUCAAAUCGUUUUCCAAAACAGCAGGGACCCAGACAGGCAUUCUUGAUCUCCAUUCCCCGGCCCAUUUACGCAAGAAAACCGCCGACGAGCAGGAUCCGUUGGUUGAUGUACGGGGCAACGCUAUCUCUGUAGUUGUUGCUUUUGGUUUUUCGAUCUUCAUCAGGAAAAAUAAGUAUUCCUCGAUUCCACCUUGUUUGCCACUCCCGUUGAUAUUCCAGUUUAAGUACUUAUCACACAAGAUGGCCUCCCUCCUCCCGGGCAUGAGCCAGCUGAUCACGAAGCUUGAAGAAAUUCAAGUUGCGUGUUAUGACCUGCUCAAGCGUCACAAUCUCAAACGUUGCAAUAGCAUCUGGAUUUUGUCUUGCAUGAAGAGCAUGAAGAACGUAUGUAGAGUUCUUGCGCCUUUCGCAAUACAAAUUUCGCCGGGUAUCAAUAGGGUUUUUGGGUGCCGAAACUUGUCAUGCGCAAACCUAUGGGACUACGGUAGAUUAUGCACUUCCUGCAUCACAGAUUUCCGUAUGCCUAUUCUAUUGUAACGUUUAAGAUUGUAACACCUGAGCAAGUUAUACCUGUGGGGAGAAGGAGGAUCCGGAAAAUAAGAAGCAAAGGGUAUGCAAGAAAAAAACUGUGUAAGUGUAAAUUUGUAUUGCAGAAGAUGCAACAGAGUUACACCUGUCAUGCCAGACAGCCAUGAAGUCCUCUUUUCAUGUGUGUUUUCCCUUACAAACCACGCAUGACAGGUUUUCUCUGUCAUGUACAGCAAAUUUGUGAUGCUGUUUCUCAAAGAAAGUUACACUUACACACUUUUUUUCCUGGAUAAAGGGCGAAACAAGACGACUACACGAUCAUGAAGCGGCAACUCCACGGCAUGCUCCACAUAUGAACUGCAAGAGUAUCGUACUCGUAUAUUUAUAAUGCAUUACAAAUUUUCUCCGCAUGAGAAAUGAAAUUUGUAAUGCGGAUUUACGAGGAGAAAAAAAGUUGUAAUGCGAGACUUGCAUUUAUACGAGUGCGAUACUCUUGCAGUGGAUGCCACAUUCUCCGGACGAACAUCCGGGAGCGGAACAAGAUCACGAAAAAGCACGGCAACAACUACCAGGCGAUACAGAAGAAAGUAAGGAUAAUGGAACAGAUCAGCGAGAUCGAGAAAUACUUGCCAAAAUUGCAGCAGAUCCAGAUGAAGCAGGCAAAAGCGAAAAGGUUGCCACUAUUCAGGGAAAAACACCCAUCCCCAUCCAAUUUGUCAUGCAAAUCACGUAUCAAAUUCUAUGCUUGUCAUGCAAAACAUGCAUGGGGAUGGGUGUUUUUUCCUGGAUAGCCACAGGAAGAAAUCGAUUUCAGGAUACAGGACAUCCGAAACAUCGUGAAGCAGCUAGAAGAAGCGAAAAUCGCAUUGCAGAGCAACGUAUCAAAUGCAAAAAUGUCUGGGUCUGGAAGAAUGCAACUUGUGAUGCUGUAUUUGGAUGUCUAAAAAAUUUGUGUUGCAUGAGCAACAAAAGGAUUCUAAUUUUUGCUACGCAGAGAGGGCAUUUGUCAUGCGGAAUAAGCAUCAAGAAUGAGAAAGAGAAUCCCUCAAAAAACCUGUGAUGCUAGGGCAUGCAUCACAAGCAUCAUGGCUCAUGCAAACCGUGCAUGAAGACAAGUCUCAGAAUCUUCCAGACCCAGACACUUUUGCAUUUGAUACAACGUGGAUGUUGCGGAGGACGAGUUUGAUGAGGGCGAGGUAAUGUUUUGAUGAAAGGUCGCUGUUGAUAGAAGAAGGUCUUGUUUUGGAAGACCACAGGAACGAACUUGUCAUGCUAUUUUUGAAUUGAUGUUGAUUGCUAGAAGUACUAGCAGUUGUAGUCUAGGUGCAGGAAGAACACAAUUGAAGAUGCUUUGAUGAACCAUCUCCAUCUAAAACAUCAGGAUGAUGUCUUCGGCCCUGGAACAAACAGUAAGGAGAAAAACGCCACUGCUAACCUUCUCGAGCACCGGUACCAACUGGAGAGGGACCAAACCGGGCGGGAUCUGAACGAGGAUGAGCAGCAGGCGAUACAACGGUGGAAGGACCGAGAUGAAAAUUUUGACCAAAUGCUGGACCAAAUCGGCGUCUUGGCGGACAGAUUAAACCCCCUCGUCUCCACCAUCGGUGAAGCGGCACAGCGGCAGUCGAUAAUAGCGAAUGACAUAUCGAAGAAGACGGAAAAAGCGGACGAAGAUAUCAAGACAAUGGGUGGAAAGCUGAAAUAUGUUUUGCAGCAGGAAUAUUCCCUGAAAAUUAACCAUCCCCAUCCAAUUUGUCAUACAAAAAAUGUAGUAAAGUCUGUGCUUGUCAUGCAAAAAGUGGAUGGGGAUGGUUAAUUUUCAGGGGAUAAGGAAAGGAAUUCCGAUUUUAUCUGUAAAUUGAUCAUGUUUUUGGUCCUGCUCACUGUGAUGGGGGUUCUAGCGAAGAUGUUGAAUAGCCAGAUGAGCAGCGCGAGAUAG